AUGCACAUCAUGCUGAUUCCGGUUCCAAAUGUGGUGGGACUUCUAAAAUGGAUGGUGAAUGUGCGGAAGGAAUGCGGUUUGGACAUCCAUUGCCACCUGGAAUACUUCCCACCAAUCCUGACGGAACCUCCUCCCAGAUUUCUCCCAAAGCUUUUGGAGAUUGAUGAAGAGGAGUCUUCCGCAAGGCUUCACUACUGGGGUGCUGUCCUUUUGUUGUCACCAGUUGUCAUGGCUGGCACAUGCGAAGCGAUGCGGCAGUUCUUUCGUCUCACCAAAAUGUGCAUUAUCAUUACAGCUGGAGCAGACUCACAGUCACAACAGAGCAGCACCUACGAACUGCUGCAGAAUGUAGAUUCGGAGGCUGCAAGUGAUACAGAGAUCCAGGAUCUAGCCACGGACGAUGGGAGGCACCCGUUCAAAGGUCCAAGUGUGUAUUUCACUGUGGGCAUCGUAUGCUACCAUCUUGUGUGUGCGGACAUUGUGGCCGUGGCCGUUGUGAAUGGCUGGAUUUCAACCAAUCAUGGCGGUGACUUUGCCUGGGAGCUUUGGGCACUCUGGCAACAGCUGUGCCUUUGGACUCUGUUGGUGCAGAAUUUGGCUCGAUGUGUGACGAUGGACUCAAAUGCCUUGGAAGUAUCUACUGCCAAAACCGUGCUUCUCUACACUGCAUCUUUCCUCAGCGAGCCAGCUGAUACGAUGAAGGACUGGGUAGUGACCGGAAUAUGUCUCCUCUAUGCAACCAAAUGGAUUGGCUUCGCAGUUGGAGCAGGACUUGUUGGACUUGAACUGGUGGCUGUUGCAGGCGGCUACACCCCUCAGCUCAUCCGCAUAUCCGACAAAGUUCACAUCAGGCCUCCUGCAAUAGUGCUGCAGGCGAUCUAUUUUGCUCCGCUCUUCCUAGGCGUCCAUCUUUGGGUUCUGUUCCCUGCGUUGCCUUGCCUGCCUGACAGCAUCCGUGAAAACCGCCACCUCUACUCAUGCAUGUUGAUGCUGCCAUGGUGUCUUGUCCUUUCCAAGAUAUCGACGCCAUUGCUGCUGGAUGGUGGGAUCUUGGCUGUUUUCUCCAUGUAUGUCAUCGUUGCCUCCUACAUCCAGGUCAACUAUCACGAAGAAUGUGCAAAAGAUCUUCGCAAGACAUACAAGGCCAUUUUGGAGUUGCCUUUAAAGCCGCUCAGCAUUGCAGGUGAAACUUGGUGGGAGUGGCUUCAAAGACAACUUUCCAAUGUUUGCGUCGACUUCCUCAGCAGUUCUCGAUUGCUAAUCGCAUGGGCAGAAGAUUGGCCCCAAGGGAUCUUGGGAUUGGUGAUCGUAUUGAAGAACGCUGAAGGAAUUGGAUUUGCGGGCAUUUCUGCUGCCAUCAGCUUCUCCAAAGGAUUCCUGAUUCCUGUUCUCCAACGUGCCAUGUUUGAGCAGCGUAAGCUCGCAGUCCAGGAAAAACUAGAGGCCCUCGUCUCUUCCCAGGGACUGAAAGCCUGUGUGAAACGACUGAACCUUGAUCAGAGUUCUCAGGUGCUCACACGUGGAAGUUUGCCGAAAGAGUUGCAAGGUCUUCUCAAGGAGCCUUCUGUGAACUUAUUGAAGGGUCUCAAUGUUUCAGAUGCUGACCUUUUCCAACCAAUACGAGAACUGCAACAGACAUGGCUGCAGGAACUUGAACGCAAGCCAGAGACGCUUGAGGAGUUCGAAAACCAUGUUGCUGCCAGUUAUUUGGAGAAGGACGCUUCCGGAGAGAUGGCAGAAAAGUUGUCCAAAGCCGGAUACAUGAGAGGAGAUUGUAGAGUAGUUGGCUUCACAGCUCUUCAGUGCAAGAAGUUUGGGUGCUUCACAGCAAAAAAAUGCAAAGAUGCUGGUUUCACAGCAAAAGAAUGCAAAGAUGCAGGGUUCACUGCAAAAGAAUGCGAAGAGGCCGGCUUUUUGUUAGCCGAAGCCGGCUUCAGUGCAAAAGAGUUACAAGAAGACGGUUUUUCAGCAAGGCAAUGUAGCGAUGCAGGUUUCACAGCAAAGGAAUGUAAAGAUGCAGGCUAUUCAGCCGAGAGGUGCAAAGAUGCAGGCUUUUCUGCUAAAGAUUUCUACGAUGCUGGUUUUUCAACCAUUCAAUGCAGGAUACUGGGCUUUGAGAAGGCCGUGGUCUAUGAGGCACGCUUCUCUCUAGAAGGUUGGGAACUUGAUUUGACUGCUAGCGAUUACAGAAGUGAGGGCUUCACAGCUCUUCAAUGCAAGAAGCUUGGGUGCUUCACAGCAAAAGCAUGCAAAGAUGCUGGCUUCACAGCAAAAGAAUGCAAAGAUGCAGGCUUCACUGCAGUAGAUUGCAAAGAGGCUGGUUUUUCAGUGAUGGAGUGUCACAAUGCUGGAUUGAAUUCCAAAGAGGCUAGCUUUCCUUUGAGAGAAUGUUUGGGUGUCCGCCUCUCGCACAGAACUUGCAAAUGGCUUGGCUAUUCUGUCAGAGAUUUCAAGGCUGCUCACUUAGGCCUUUCUGCCACAGAAUGCAAAGAGCUUGGUUUUCCCGAUAGUGGUCUUUCUGCGUUACAUUGCAAAGAGGCUGGCUUUUCCGCCAAGGAGUGCAAAGAUGGUGGCUUUUCUGCCCUAGAUUGCAGUCAAGCCGGCUUUUCAUACCAGCAGUGUGUAGAGGCCGGUUUCUCAUCUACAGAAUGCAAAUGUGCUGGUUUAUCCACAAUGUUCUGUUUCAGCUGCUGA